CUGAAACCGCUCGAGAUGAGCGGUGUCACUCUGCCAUUACAGUGACUUUCAGAAGCUUCGCGGCGAAUUUCCGCGCCUUAUCCGACCUUAUGGCUUCUCAACCAUUGACGGAUCAAGGUAAGCCGGAAUCCUGAUCAGGGAGAGGACAGUGGUUAACGUCCAUUAAUGUUGAAGCUUGUUUCUGAAAUGCCCGCCUCUUAAAUUUGGAUGACGGGCAGUAUUUGAGGCUAUUGGAUCACAGAAAUCCAUGUCUGGAUGAAGGAAUUCUUUGAAAGGGAAAGGUAAACUUGGUUCUUCCAUGGCUGAGCUCUCAGCUCUAGUUCCCCUUCUUGCGGACAGAAAGUUGGAGUUUGAUAACUCCAAUAACAGGCCUAUUCUGCAAACUUUGGCAAAAUUGGUGGUUAAAUCUUUGAUUUGGGUGGUCUUUAUUAUAUGGGUUGCUACAAUAUUUUUCUUGCCGACAGAGUUUGUGCAAAAAUUAUUAUCAAACUGGAUUAAAACAACUCAAGGAUCUAUUUUUGGAGUCACAGGAAGUAUAUUCCUUGGUUUCAGUGCUCCAAUACUUGCCAUUGCAAUCUUGGCAUGUAUUUAUGUAGCUUUCUUCUCCAGAGAAAACUUCGAGAGGAACAAUUAUAAAUUCCCAAGGUAUCGUUUGUGGACGUUCCCUGUACUUGUCAGUGGACCCUUCGGUGUUGUCUCUGCCGCAGAACUGAUUGGAAUUGUUAUAUUUUCUGCAUAUGUCCUUUGGUCUCUUGCUGCCUAUGUACUCCAAAUCAAUAGCGCGAUUGAGAGAUAUUCACUAACAUUGAAGGAAAAAAGGUUGUUGAUGCUGGAGAUUAUUGGGCUUCGUCUGGGUUUAAUUGGACUAUUUUGUUUAGCAUUUCUAUUUCUUCCCAUUGCAAGAGGGUCGAUUCUUCUCCGAAUGACAGAUAUUCCAUUUGAGCAAGCUACUCGAUAUCACGUCUGGCUGGGACAUCUCACCAUGGCUAUUUUCACAUUGCAUGGACUGUUUUAUGUGAUAGCAUGGGCGAUACAGGGACGACUGCUCCAACAAAUUCUAGAGUGGAGAGACAUUGGUGUUGCCAAUCUUGCUGGGGUUAUUAGCCUUUCUGCUGGCUUGUUGAUGUGGGUGACAUCUCUUCGUCCUGUAAGGAGGGCUUAUUUCGAAGUUUUCUUCUACACUCAUCAACUCUACGUGAUUUUUGUUGUCUUCUUGGCUCUACAUGUUGGAGAUUUCGUAUUCAGUUUUGCAGCUGGAGCAAUAUUCCUUUUCAUUCUAGAUCGCUUCCUAAGGUUCUGCCAAUCACGCACUACUGUUGAUGUAGUUUCAGCUGCUUGUCGGCCAUGUGGGACUGUAGAAUUGAUCCUCUCCAAGCCACCAAGACUCCACUACAACGCUUUGAGUUUUAUCUUCCUUCAAGUUCGAGAAUUGUCAUGGUUGCAAUGGCAUCCAUUUAGUGUUUCCUCCAGUCCUUUGGAUGGUAAACACCAUUUGUCAAUUCUGAUAAAAGUACUUGGUAAAUGGACUGAAAAGCUGAGGGAUAUCAUCAACAGUGUCUCAGAUAACCAUCAAAAUGAUUUAAGUUCUAAACUUAAGCUGAUAACCGUCUCUGUCGAAGGUCCGUAUGGGCAUGAAGUACCAUACCACUUGAUGUAUGAAAAUCUUAUUCUUGUUGCUGGAGGUAUUGGAGUUUCACCAUUUUUUGCCAUCCUGAGUGAUAUACUGCAUCUAUCCAGCGAGGGGAAAUCCUGCUCGCCAAAGAACAUUUUGGUUAUUUGGGCUGUAAAAAAAUCAUUGGAGCUCUCUCUUCUUUCAACAGUUGAUGCACAAUCGAUUUGCCCAUCUUUCUCUGACAAGUUGCAUCUUGAAAUACAAACUUAUGUAACUCAAGAAUUAGAACCCCCAUUGGAAGAUGGCAGAUUCAAUGAGAAAAUGGAUUGCCCUCCACUCUUGAUAUCUUCAAGUAAUUUGAUGUCUUGUUUGGUUGGUACAGGGCAUAAAGUCUGGGCAGGAAUUUAUGUUCUUGUGUCUACUAUCGGCUUCAUUGUGUUCUAUGGUUUGCUGGAGUUAUAUUACAUAAAACCUUUUCAAGUUGUUGCUUGGUGGUACCGAGGUCUUUUGUUCACCUUAUGCAUGGUUGCAAGUGUAGUAAUACUUGGAGCCAUUGUUAUUUUCUUCUGGAACAAGUGGGAAAUGAAGAGUUCAAGCAAUGACAGUUGGAUGACAAGCGAUAAUGAAAAGAAAAGCUUGUUGAAUCAUAAUAUUUUCGGAACUGGUGAUAAGAAAGAAAAUCUUUCAAGCGUUCAAACAAUUCAAUAUGGCACCAGACCGGACUUUCGAGCAAUAUUUAGCUCAUAUGCAGAACAGAUGGGACACAUUAAUGUCGGUGUUAUUGUAUGUGGACCACCUGGUCUUCAGUCCAGUGUUGCCAGGGAGUGCAGGUAUCAGAACAUAAGGGGUAAAUGGAACCAUCCUAUCUUCCACUUCAACAGUCACAGCUUUGAUCUUUAAUAUUCCACCAUCCAUACAGCCAUAUCUUAACUAUAUAUUCUACAAUUUGGAAUAUAUUGUAUGCUAUGUAUUAUUGCAUCACAAACCAGGGAAAAAUUAUUAUGUGCGGACGCCAAACGAACGUGGUCCAGACACUGAAGACCAAUCAUAAUGCGCCACGUCACCCCUUCGCUCGGUAACGCGGCUCGGUACUGCUCGGUAUUGCAGCUCGGUACCACUGACGUGGCUGCACCUGAUUUGCCUCCAGAAGUAGAGCUCGUCCGGACUCUGCACAGAAUAAUUUCUCUAAACCAGAUCUAUCUUUCUCUUUUCUUAAACCGAGCUUAUGAACAGUUACCAUGUAACAUAUAUACAUAUAUUAAAGGUGCAAUGUUGGAUAAGCUUCUUGUUCUUUAUAAUUGAGGACUCUUUGUAAACUCCUAUCACCCAAUCAGUUUUGGAGCUGAGAUUCUCUGCCUUCUCC